AUGCCCAUCAACCACACCUUCAAUCAAUCUUGUCGUACUUGCAUUGCCAAAUUCAACGACAACCGACUCACAAAUAUCUUCACUCUGUUUCACUCAAUCUACACAAAAUCAUCUCAAGCCAUGGCCGGCUUUACCAUCCAACGAUCACCUACCGGGCCCCUCACUCCUCGUCCUCGCACUGAUGUCGAGCUUGCGAAGGAUGCAUGGAAAUACUUGAGCCAAAAGGUCGAGAAACGUCGUCAAAAACAAGCUUCCAAGUCCGAAUCAAGCACCAAGAGCUAUGAUACCGACUCCAAGUCAAUAACCAGCAACGCCGAUACACUUAUUGGCGAUAAGUCGAAUAUGAAGAAAGGGAUGAAAUGA